AUGGCUCCGCCAACACUUGUUCAAACACAACAAUCUUCUGUCUUGCAUCUUGAUAACAAGCCAAUCAACCUUGAUGUCCAAGAUGCCAACGCUCCAGCCAGCUUCGCUGACUGGGACAGCUUCAAGUUCACUCCAAUUAGAGAGUCUACAGUUUCUAGAGCUAUGACUUCUAGAUACUUUGCUGAUAUGGACAAGUUCGCCGAGUCUGAUGUUGUCAUUGUGGGUGCCGGCAGUGCUGGUCUCUCUGCCGCUUACGUUUUGGCAAAAAACAGACCAGACUUCAAGAUUGCUAUUAUUGAGGCCAGUGUUUCCCCAGGUGGUGGCUGUUGGUUGGGAGGUCAAUUGUUCUCUGCCAUGGUUUUGAGAAAACCAGCUAACUUGUUCUUGGACGAGAUUGACGUUCCAUAUGAGGAUGAAGGUGACUACGUUGUUGUCAAGCACGCAGCUUUGUUCAUGUCCACCUUAAUGUCCAAGGUUUUGCAAUUUCCUAAUGUUAAACUUUUCAACGCUACUGCUGUUGAAGAUUUGAUCACCCGUCGUGAUGAUGCUACUGGUGAGUUGAGAAUUGCCGGUGUUGUCACCAACUGGACUUUGGUUGCUCUUAACCACGAUACACAAUCCUGCAUGGAUCCAAACACCAUCAACUGUAACGUUGUCCUUUCAACCACUGGUCAUGAUGGUCCAUUCGGUGCCUUCUGUGCUAAGAGAUUGCAAUCUCUGAGACCAAAGGGUACCCAAAACUCCUUCGAGUUGGGAGGUAUGAGAGGUUUGGACAUGAACAAGGCUGAGGAUGCCAUUGUCAAAGGUACAAGAGAGGUUGCCCCAGGUUUGGUCAUUGCUGGUAUGGAACUUGCAGAAGUUGAUGGUUCCAACAGAAUGGGCCCAACUUUCGGUGCCAUGGCUCUUUCUGGUGUUAAGGCUGCUGAAUCCGUCUUGAACACUUAUGACUUGCGUAAGCAACAAAACGAGCAAUGCUACGGUGGUGCAAAUGCUUAAACAAUGCGG